AAGUAAUGUGAGAAUAUUAAAAGGAAAUGUCGUUUUAUUAUUUAAUCAUAAUUUUCACACUUUUCGGUGUUAGCAGUUUACCUGAAGUGUUUGCCAUUUCUGAAGUUAAAGGAUCAACUGUACAGUUAGUUUGUCCAUUCAAACGAAAAAGCAGUGGUAGUCUGACUUGGUCGUUUAAAUCUGCAACAGAAUCUAGUUUAAAAACAUAUACAAUUAAUGAAAGAAUAUCACCUUAUUUACUCUCUGAACUAUUACAACGACUGAAUGUAUCUGGUAACCAUGCGAUAGGAGAAUAUCAUCUGAAAAUAUCUGAUAUCAGGGAGAGUGAUCAGGGGAUGUAUCAAUGUACAGAUACUUCUACUGCUCAAUCAUAUACACAAGAUUUAUCUGUUAUUGUUGGGCCAACAUAUAUUACUAUAGCAAAUGUGACACCAGACAACAAGAUACCUGGUUUAGAAGGACAGGGCAUGACUAUUAGAUGUAUAGCUGUUGGAGGUCAGCCACCACCAGAUAUUAAACUAAUAAUAUUAGGAUCUACUUAUACUGGCAAACAAUCAGCACUGCACACAUUCAGUCCUAAAAGAUCUGAUGAUGGUCAUAAUGUUACAUGUCAAGCAGGUUAUACAUAUAUUAACCACUAUCCACUGACAGUUUCAGCUCAUGUGCAUCUUAAACUGAAGGCAGUUCUAACUCCUUUUUCUCCUGACACCUUGAAUAUAGAAGAAACAAAAUCUUUUGAGGUAUCGUGUCAGUCUACUGGAAGUCGUCCUGCUGCUAACAUGUACUGGUUACUUGGACAACAAAUUACUAAUAUAACAUCAAACUCUUCAACUCAGUCUAUCCACAAUGCAUCUGCAGAUACAUAUACAGUGACAUCUACUUUGAGAUACAGAGUUGACAGAAGAUAUCAUGGACAAAAUCUUAUAUGUAGAGCUAGUAAUAUUGCUGGUAACGUGGAAACGUCUCUAACAUUUAACGUGAAAUAUGCACCUGGUGUUACAGUAGAAAAUAAAACGAUUUCACAGACUCAGUCACCCAAACAAGUACGAAGUACUUUAGAUAGUAAUCCUGCAGUAAACAGUUGUAAUUGGCACCACCGGUCAAAGUAUGGUGAAUAUAUCAGACAUUUCAGUGACAAUAAUCAGAUAUUGACCUUACCUACAGUACCUGAAGAUCAAAGGUAUCAAGAAACUGGUGAAUAUAUCUGUACAGCUGAGAAUAGUAUAAUAGGACUGAAUGGACAACUUAAACAGACAGGAUCUGGAUAUGUUUUAAGUAAUGCUCCACCGGUGAUAACAGCUGACAAUAAAGACUAUUGUACACAAUACGGAAAGUUUGGUAACAGUACUACAGUAUAUGUCAAUGUGUACAGUAUUCCAAAGUAUUCUAGUAUUAGUUGGUAUAUAGGUAGCAUACAGUUAGUAUCUAACAAAUAUGUCACCAGUGAAGAACCUGCAAUAGUUAAAGAUGUGUUUCAUGGUGUAGAAGUACAGCUUGAUGGUUACAGAGUUACACUGACUAUAAGUGAUCUACAGGAGGCUGACUUCACUAAUUAUACUUUACGUCUUUAUUAUGGUAGUCAGUAUGUACAGCAUGAAGUGACUCUGGAAUCUGCAAGUGCACCGGAAACUCCAUCAAAUUUCACAAUAACUGGUUCAGGAGAAACUAGCAUCACAGUUCAAUGGAAUUCUGGAUAUGAUGGUGGACAGACACAAACAUUUUACAUAGAAUAUUGUGUAACUGGAACUGAUGUAUGGUUGUCUCAUGAAAUCAAAACGAGUAAUCAGUUAGAUACACACAACCUUUACACCUUGUCAGGACUUCAAGAUAAAACAUCAUACCAGUUGAGAAUGUAUGCAAAAAAUAAAUUUAAUCAGAGCCAAUAUACCGAUAUUGAAACGAAACAAACUCUAGGGAAAGAAGGUCAAACUUCAUCAAAUGUAAUAAUUGGCACUGUAGCAGGUGUGCUAGUAGUAUUACUGAUUGUAUGUGCAGUCAUCAUUAGUUUUCUUAUCUUCAGAAAGAGAAAAGGCAAGAAAGAAACAAAAAAAAAUACUGGAUUUUAUGAAAACAGCGGCUUUCAAAAUGUGCAAACUGGAGAUGAAUACGAAGAGGUUGUUAGAACAUCGGAUACACAAGAGCAACAAACUAGUAAAACCUACGAAGCACUUCGAUCAAAGGAGACUGUUGACAUUUAUGAUGAUUUGGAGAAUAGCAAAGGCCUUCCAUCGUCUAAAUCAACCAGUAAAACAUAUGAAUCACUUGAAACCAAAGACGCUGUUGAGAUGUAUGAUGAUUUAGAUCAUCAUAAAGGUGUGUAAUAUUUAUGCAAAAUACAUUAAGCGUGU